UCUCCCUCUCCACAACCCUAACACAUAUAGCUCUCUUAAUCCUUAAACCCUCUAAUGUAAUCAAUCCGUCUUCCUGAUCACUUCCUAGAUUUUCUACACUCUUGUAUACGUCCAAAUGUAAAUUCUGGCCGAUUUCAAUACCUCGAUUUGCUUUCUAUGGUGUCCAACAAAACGCAACCAAGGAAAAAUUAGCACGAUUCACAAGUUCCCAAUGGCUGAACUCAGUGGCACUCACACUCAGAUUCUUCACUCUCAGUCUCAGUCCCCAUCAUCAUCAUCAUCUGGAAAUGAAGAUGGUGAUGUUAAAGAACUAGUUGGCUACCGCGAAUUCCAGGAAACCAUGCCUUUGGAAGAUACGGUUGUACUUGAUACUCCCUUGGACGACACUCCAUUGGGGAAUCUGGGCUUUUACAUAGAGCCUGAAGGCGAUGUGGAUUGCGUUGUAGAGAACCCGAGUGCUGGUGCAGUAAGUGGGUAUAGGGAAGAAGUGGUGCUUGACAGUGAGGAUGAAGUAGUACUUGGAAGUAAAGUGGCUAAUGGCGUAGUGGAUGGUAAAGCUGGUAGAAGAUUCACGGGGAAUGUGCUGGACUUUGAGAAGGGGCAGCUUGGUUCACCUCAGAAGCAAGUGGACGACGUGGUGGCAGAUUCUGAUGACUCUGCUUAUGAAAAGAGGAAUGAAGUAUCUUCUAUCGAUUUCAGGAACAGUGGUAGGGUGGGAAGUCCAUCUCAUUCACCCGAUUGUAAUCAGAACUUUCCAAGGUUAAACUAUGUUGGGUCUCAAGAACCUGGGGAGUCAUCUCAAGCAAAUGCGCUUGAUGUUGUGGAUCACUUUUUGUCAGUGAACAAUGUUGACUCCUCUCCAGGAGUUAACCAUCGAGCUGUUAUUAGGGUAAAAUCGCCUUCUGUCUAUAGUGCAAAGGGACGUCAAAGUUUGGCUAAGAGAAUUCCACUUAAGACCCCAAUUGUAAAAGCAGGAACCUUUGAAUGGACUGACAGUGACCAGCAUAAUGGGAGUGAGUUUUUUAGAAAUAGGAUGGAGUUGUGUUUUGAUUUUGGUGGCUACAGGCAUCAGGAGGAUAGGAAUCUUCACAGGGAGGGAGGUAGCAGCUUAGUUCAUAAGCAUGAAGAGAACAAUGAGGUUUCUGAUCUGCAUAAGGAAAUGGUCUCAACUUGUAGCAAUUCCAGAUCUGCAUUGUGUAGCUCAAGAGAGGUUAGCAGGAAAGUACAAGUGAUUGGAAAUAUCACCGUUAAGGAAGUCGAUGAUCAGUUCGAUCCAAGGUUGACAGGACAGCAAUUGGAAGCUGGUGAUGUAGGAGGAGAUACAUCCAACAUGUUUGAUAUUGGUUUUAGCACUCAAGUGGCUGCUGAAGCUAUGGAAGCUCUAGCAUGUGGCCCCCCUGCUGGUUGCAGCUAUGGUGAUGCUUUUCAAGGUCCGGAAAACACCCUUGAUCAUUCUCCCAUGGGUUUAAUUAGGAAUGAAACCCAUUUAGGAUGUUCUUCCUUUCCACAGAGUGCUUGGUCUGAUAGAGCAGACAUAGGAAAACAUUCAAAGCGAAGAAAAGGUUCUGACAGAAGGCUUAACAGAGGAAGCUCUGAUAAAUUUCAGAUUCAGUCUGAAAACAAGGAGUUAGAUCUCGAGUUGGCAAUAACAACAAAAAUGAAGUUAGGCAAGUCCUCUGUUGAGAGACAGUUGAGUUGUGGAAAUUCCACUGAGGCAAAUGAGAGUUCAGGGAGAAGAUCUGAUAAGUCUAGCAAGCAAAGAAAUGCAAAGAGAUCUUCAGGUGGGACUAAACUUAGAGAGUUUAAGGUCGAUAGGGGUACAUCUUUCUUGGGUGAACAUAUCUUAUUUGGCAAAGGACAGCCUCAAGGGAAGUGCAUGAAGUUAUCUCAUGUUGCUCACCGAACCAGGCAGCAGAUGUCAGAGGAUACAUUGGUAAGGGCUAAGGAUCAAUUAGAUAAUCCAGGAGAACAGAUAUAUGAUGGAAAAAUAAUUCAGUACAGAAGAAAGAGGAGCUGUUUAGCUGCUCAUCCAGUUGAAGUUUUGAGGACCAAGGAUGAAUCAGAUAAUCCAGGAGAAAGUAUAAAGGAUGGCAGCAUAAUUCAAUACAAAAGGAAGAGGAGAUGUUUAGCUGCUGAUCCAGUUGAGGCUUUGGGGACCAGGGAUAAAUCAGAUAAUCCAGGAGAAAGAACAAAUAAUGGCAGUAUAGUUCAAUACAGAAGAAAGAGGAGCCGUUUAGAUGCUGAUCCAGUUGAAGCGUUAAGGACCAAGGAUCAAUCAGAUAAUCCAGGAGAAAGGAGAUAUGAUAGCAGUAUAGUUCAAUACAGAAUAAAGAGCCGUUUAGCUGCUGAUCCAGUUGAGGUUUUGAGUGUCGGAGAAAAAUGUUCCAAACUGAAUUAUAAUUUAUGUAGGGAAGCUGGACACUGCAAAUUGAAUCAACGGGUUCAAUCUGUUCAAGAGGUCACUGGCAUUGCCAAUUAUUUAAGAUCAAAUCCGUGGAGACAUCCUAGAGGUAAAAGGACAAGUCGUAAUGUACAAAGCCAUUCAAAUCGACCAAAUAGCAUAUAUACCCCAUCGUUAACAAUUUAUGGAAAAGAAAGCAAUAUUCAUUCUUGCAAAAGUCAGAAAAGACCAGAAGACAAUGACAAAGUGAAGGGGAAAGCAGGGUCAUCAAUAUGCACUUGUCCACACUGGCGUUCUUUAGAAAAUGAUUCUGACAGAAGCUUGUCAGGGAAGAAAUUUGAUGAGCCGGGCUCAAGAGGUGCCAUGUCUAACUGUGAAUCAGCUGUAAUCGAUGCAACAAUGUUUCCCACAGAUUUGUGUAGAGCCAGGAACUUGAUGCAACCUGGAAAUCUAAAUGGAAAAGAUUCUAUAUCAUUUGCUGAUGAUGGAGAAAAGACCCAUACAUUGGAAGUAUUGUCAAACAAGAGUAUUGAAAUAUCUGGUUCUGGAAGUACUGUGACAUUUAGCUCCAUCAAGGGCACAAGUAUGGCUGCAGCAAAUUGUAUGUUUUAUGAUUAUCAUAGAAAGCCAUGCAACAAAAACCUACCAAAAUCAUCCUUGUUGAAAGAGAUUAUGAUAUUAGGCGUCCGUGAAUCAAGACCCAACCUUAAAUGGAAAGACUUGAGAAAACGAAGAGAUAUGGCACAUGUUCAAGUCUUGUUUAGCCAGCAUUUGGACAACAAUAUCAUCAAGCAGCAGAAAAAGAUUCUUGCACGACUGGGCAUGUCAGUUGCAUCAUGUAGCAGGGAUGCCACACAUUUUAUAGCAGACAAAUUUGCACGUACAAGGAAUAUGUUGGAAGCUAUUGCUCUAGGAAAACCCGUGGUGACCCAUUUAUGGCUAGAGAAUUGCGGACAAGCAAGCUGUCUCAUUGAUGAAAAAAAUUUCAUACUCAGAGAUUACAAAAAGGAAAAGGAAAUUGGCUUUAGCAUGCCCGUUUCAUUGGCUCGUGCAAGCCAACAUCCACUUUUAAAGGGUCAAAGAGUCCUUAUUACCCCCAGUAUUAAACCUGAUAGAGAAAUGAUUACCGGUUUGGUCAAGGCAGUUCAUGGCCAGCUAGUGGAGAGAAGUCAGAUAUCUGCAGGAGAGGGCGAAAGGUUUCUAAAGGACCUUUUGAUUCUUGCUUGUGAAGAAGAUCAUGUUUUCUGUAGGCCCUUCCUUAUGAGAGGUGCAGCCGUUUACUGUUCAGAGCUUCUACUGAACGGGAUAGUCAUUCAGAAGCUGGAAUAUGAAAGACACGAGCUCUUCACAAAUCAAGUGAAGAGGAAACAAUCUUCUACAUGAAAAAAAGAAGCUGCUUCCCUAAUAACAGUAUCUUUUGCAUUAUCAGUUAUACUGUUAAGCUCUUCCUAAAUCUAGCAAGGAGGAACCCAUCUGGCACAUGAUCAAGGAAAGAUAACCAAGCAUUUCUCUUUAUGUAAACAAAAUGUAUCUAGUUUUUUUUUUCCCCUUCUCUUUUGGUGCUAGUGUUCCUUGCAACAAAAUCGGUAUUCUGAUGGCAAGAGAGGGGUGGGUCCUCAUUUUUGUUGUAAAUUGUA